AUGUCUUCGGCUUAUUCAUUUACUGGUGGUAGUCUUCGCUUAAAAGGGAAUGCAACGAGUACUACCCAAGGUGGAAAAGUUUCCAAAAAACAUAAACAUAAAUCAAAAUCAUCAAAAGUUAUCGAAGCACCUUCAUCAAAAAUGGAACAUGUGGCAUCAACAAUAAGUAGCAAUCCAAUCGAUCAACACGGUCCAUCAGGUAGUGGCUCAUCACGUCGUGAUUUACGUACUCCUGCUGAAAUAGCUUACGAUGAAGCAAUGGCUAAACGUGCAGAAGAAAAAAUUUUACGAAAAGCAGCAAAAUCUCAUAAAGAACAAGUUGAAGAACUCAAUUCUUAUUUAGAUAAACUCACAGAAUACAAUGAUAUUCCUAAAAUAUUUAAAAAAAUGACUCGUUCCAUGGAUGAUGAUUUUACUUAUUUUGUUAAAAUUCUUGAUGAUAAUAGUGAUCGAUAUUAUCUUAAAAGUUCGAUUGAUGAAAGAACAAAUACUAUUUUAAUGCAAUUAACUAAUUUGAAAGUUGGAUGGAUUGGAACAUUGAAUCAAAAUCAAGUUCGAGCAUUAGCAAAAAAAUUUCCACCUGAAGAACAUGAUACAUUUUAUUCGCAUACACAGCGUGCUUUUUCCAAAGGAAAUCAUUCCGAAAUUGAUGGAAGAACUUAUGUAUUUACUUGUAAAAUAAUUGAAAAAAAUCGACUUGAAUUCGUGUGGAAACAAAUGGUUGAUGAUCUUAAUUCAUUAAAAAUAAUUGGUAGUGCUGAACUUCAAGAACGACCUAUCGAAGAAAUAUUGGUUAAAAUGAUGGAUCAUGCUAUCGAUGAAAUGGAAACAUUACGAUCAACUAAUGAACAAAAAAUCUUCGAAAUUCAACGUAUUAAUGGCCAAUUGAAUAAAGCUCUUGAGACUGUUAAACAAACUGUAGAUACGAAAGAAAAACUUGAAGCUGAUCUUUAUCGUAAGAACAAAACAGAAAUCAGAAAGAGAAAAUUUCGAUAA